UGGGAUGACGAAUCAGUUGACAGAGCUUCAAAGCUUUGGGCAAGUUACACACGAAUGAGAUCAGUUAAAACGCGUUAACAUAUUCGAAGGGACGUAGAAGCGAAGUGUAGGAAAAGGGUUGUGAGUAAAUAUUUCGAUAUCAAUCGGUGAAUGCGAAGAAAUAAUCCGGAAUUUCAGCUAUAAAACGGUGCUAAACCGGUGAGAUGCAUCAAAAAUAGAACAACGUGCGUGAGGUGUUAGGCAACGAAAGUGUUCAUUUGGAUGUAGAGAAGUAUGCUUUCAGCAGUACCUUCUGACCAUCAGAAUUCAAGAGCCUUCUAGACCAAAAUGGAAGCAGCAGUUACAAAAACCAUGACCCCUGGUCAAGCUGCUGCUGCCCAACCUAAUGGACCAUACUCGACAACUGUUCAGCCAAAAAGACCUGCUCGAAGAGGCCCAAAAGCAAUACCAGAAAAACCACCACGCGCCUUUUUCUGUCUGACCCUGAAAAAUCCCAUAAGGAAGCUCUGCAUCAGCAUCAUAGACUGGAAACCCUUUGAGUACAUCAUCCUCUUGACCAUCUUAGGAAACUGCGUGGCCUUAGCUUUGUUCACACCCUUUCCAAAUGGCGAUUCCAACCAAACCAACGCGUAUUUGGAAGACGUGGAGUACAUCUUUUUGGUUGUCUUCACUGCUGAGUGCAUAAUGAAGAUUGUAGCUUAUGGUUUUUUGAUGCAUCAAGGAGCUUAUCUACGAAACGGUUGGAAUUUACUCGAUUUCACCAUAGUAGUCAUAGGUAUGGUCAGUCCAUUAAUCCAACUGUUCACUGAUGGAACAUUCGAUGUUAAAGCUUUAAGAGCCUUCAGGGUACUGAGGCCUUUGAGAUUGGUUUCCGGUGUGCCAAGUCUUCAAAUCGUGUUGAACUCAAUCUUGAGAGCCAUGGUACCCUUGCUCCACAUCGCUUUUUUGGUGUUGUUCGUGAUGAUCAUUUAUGCCAUCAUAGGACUGGAGCUCUUCUCCGAUAAACUCAACUCAACUUGCUACGAUGCAGCAAAUAAUUACCAGAUCAUGGAGAACCCCCAUCCUUGCUCCAUGGAAAAUGAAACAUCGGGUUUCAACUGUACGGAUGUGGGUGAGACUUACGUCUGUAAAACAGGAUGGAGUGGACCUAAUAAUGGCAUCACAACAUUCGACAAUUUUGGACUAUCCAUGCUGACGGUCUUCCAGUGCAUCACCCUUGAGGGUUGGACUGACGUCCUGUAUAAUAUUCAAGAUGCUCUGGGAAGAACAUGGCAAUGGUCAUACUUUGUAUCGAUGGUUAUCCUAGGAGCUUUUUUCGUUAUGAACUUGAUUCUUGGUGUCCUCAGUGGAGAAUUCUCCAAAGAGAGAGAAAAGGCUAAAUCAAGAGGUGACUUCCAAAAACUACGUGAAAAACAGCAGAUAGAAGAGGAUCUGAGGGGUUACUUGGACUGGAUAACCCAAGCUGAAGACAUAGAGCCUGAGGGUGAGGUGGAACAACAGGCACAAGACACCAAGGUGAACACCAGAAACGAGAUGGAAUCCACUGAUCGUUUGGGGGAGGAGGAGAGCCAAAAAGAGUCUUGGUUCAAGAAAAGAAAAAAGUGUUUCGAUCGUUUCAACAGGAAAAGUAGGAGAAUGUGUAGGAAAGCCGUGAAGUCUCAGGCUUUCUACUGGCUCAUCAUCAUACUGGUGUUCUUGAAUACUUUGGUACUGGCUUCUGAACAUCAUGGUCAACCAAUCUGGCUGGAUCAGUUUCAAGAUAUCACCAACAUAUUUUUCAUCGCACUCUUCACCCUGGAAAUGCUGGUGAAGAUGUACAGUUUAGGUUUGCAGGGUUAUUUUGUGUCCCAGUUUAACAGAUUCGACUGUUUCGUCGUCAUAGGCAGUAUUGUAGAAACAGUUCUGACCCAAAAAUCCAUAAUGCCACCUCUGGGUAUUUCAGUGCUUCGAUGUGUUCGUUUGUUGAGAGUUUUCAAAGUGACAAAGUAUUGGAAAUCACUGUCCAAUCUUGUGGUCUCACUGCUGAAUUCUAUACAGUCCAUAGCGUCCCUACUGCUGCUGCUGUUCUUGUUCAUUGUUAUUUUCGCCCUUCUUGGCAUGCAAGUCUUUGGGGGAAGAUUCAAUUACAACAAAUACGAGGACAAGCCAAGAUCGAACUUUGACUGCUUCUGGCAGGCUCUUUUGACAGUGUUCCAGAUUCUCACUGGUGAAGAUUGGAAUGUGGUUAUGUACAAUGGCAUAGAGGCGUAUGGUGGAGUUGGAUUCCCUGGAAUUUUGGCAUGCAUAUAUUUCAUCAUCCUCUUCAUUUGUGGUAACUAUAUACUGUUAAAUGUUUUCUUGGCCAUUGCUGUCGAUAAUUUAGCCGAUGCUGAGUCUUUGAGUGAUGUUGAGAAAGAAGAAGGAGAUCAAGGAGAGGAGGAAAAUAGAUCACGAACUGUUACUCCUAUUUUAGAAGAAGGAGCAGAGGAACAAAGCGUUGAGGAAGAGACAGAAGAAGAAGGACAGUAUGGAUCUGAAAGAUCAGGAAGCAAAAAAGACAAUGGUUCAGAGACAAAGAUCGAUUUAGAGGAGGAAGAAGAUGAAGUGUACGAAGAUGAAUUCAAUGAAGAGGAUAAAUUGGAAGAAGAAGAGGCAAUCGAAGAUAUACCACGUCCAAGAAGAAGGUUUUCUGAGAUACACGUGGUGAACAAAAUCAAACCAAUACCGAAAGGGACAUCUUUUUUUAUUUUCUCUCAUACAAACAAGUUCAGGGUGUUCUGCCAUUGGUUCUGCAAUCACAGCGUCUUCAGCAACGUCAUCCUUGUCUGCAUUCUCGUAUCUUCUGCGCUCUUGGCUCUGGAGGAACCCGUUAAAACAGACUCUGACGACUUCUUCACAAGUCUUCCAGCAACAUGUGACCCUUACUUCACUGCUAUAUUCACUGUUGAGCUGUUGUUGAAGACCAUAGCAUACGGAUGCAUUCUUCACGAAGGAGCUUUCUUCAGGUCUGCCUUCAACGUGCUCGAUUUGAUCGUUGUUUGCGUUUCUUUAACUUCUAUCUGGAGUGGGGAAGCUGGUAUGUCUGUCUUCAAGAUAUUGAGGGUGUUGAAGGUUCUUAGACCCCUGAGGGCUAUAAACAGAGCUAAAGGCCUCAAACAUGUGGUACAGUGCGUGAUCGUUGCCAUAAAAACCAUUGGUAACAUUGUCCUGGUUACAUGUCUCUUGCAAUUUAUGUUUGCAGUAAUUGGUGUACAGCUCUUCAAGGGGAAAUUUUCUGUAUGUUCUGAUCAUUCCAAACUUGAGGCAGCCCACUGCAAUGGAACCUUCAUAAUAUACCAAGAGGGUGACAUAAACCGACCAAAAAUUGUGGAGAGAUUGUGGACAACUAAUCGCUUCCAUUUCGACAAUGUAGCCAAGGCCAUGUUGACAUUAUUCACAGUUUCAACCUUUGAGGGAUGGCCAAAUCUUCUACACGUCUCCAUAGACUCCCACGAGGAGAACAAGGGACCAAUUUUGAACUUCAGACCGGUGGUGGCUGUUUACUACAUCACGUACAUCAUCAUCAUUGCCUUCUUCAUGGUCAACAUAUUCGUUGGUUUCGUCAUUGUCACCUUUCAGAAUGAAGGAGAGCAGGAAUAUAAGAACUGUGAUCUUGAUAAGAACCAGAGGAACUGCAUUGAGUUUGCCUUGAAAGCGAAGCCUGUAAGGAGGUAUAUACCGAAGGAACGUAUACAGUACAAGGUUUGGUGGUUUGUUACAUCAAAACCUUUCGAGUAUGCCAUCUUCGUGUUGAUCUUGAUAAACACUAUUACUCUUGCUAUGAAGAUACCCAACCCAUCUCCACUUUACACGAUGAUACUGGAUGAAUCAAAUAUGGCAUUUACUGCCAUAUUUGCCAUGGAGUUCAUCUUUAAAUUGGCUGCUUUCAGAGUUAGAAAUUACUUGAGAGAUGCUUGGAAUAUGUUCGAUUUUGUGAUAGUCUUGGGUGGUUUCAUCGAUAUAGUCUACCAAGAAGUUUUCGUAAGCAUUUUCCCACAUUUCAAUAAUUCGAAAGAUCCUGAUUGGUUUCUUUUCCAGCCUGGUGGUGGAUCCUUUAAGUUCACAGGAAAAUUCUUCCGUCUUUUUCGAGUCAUGAGGUUGAUAAAAUUGCUGAGUAAAGGCGAAGGUAUAAGGACUCUGCUUUGGACCUUCCUGAAGUCAUUCCAAGCCUUGCCGUAUGUAGCACUCUUAGUAUUGAUGCUGUUCUUCAUCUACGCUGUCAUUGGUAUGCAAACUUUUGGCAAGAUAGAGUCCAGGAGCAGCGAAGGGAAUAUCAAUAGGAACUCGAAUUUUGCAACAUUCUUCCAGGCUAUCUUGGUCCUUUUCAGAUCAGCAACUGGUGAGGCUUGGCAAGAGAUCAUGAUGGAUUGUGCUGAUUCCAAGGCUAAAUGUGAUAGUAGGCUUGGUCAGGAGUAUUGUGGCUCUGAUAUAUCCUACCCUUACUUCAUAUCCUUCUACGUUUUAUGUUCGUUCUUAAUCAUCAAUCUUUUCGUGGCCGUCAUCAUGGACAACUUCGACUAUCUAACCAGAGAUUGGUCGAUACUGGGUUGCCACCAUUUGGACGAAUUCAUCAGGUUAUGGAGCGAAUACGAUCCAGACGCUAAAGGAAGGAUAAAACAUCUGGACGUGGUCACCCUUCUGCGUAAAAUAUCACCACCACUUGGCUUCGGAAAGCUCUGCCCCUACAGGAUAGCCUGCAAGAGAUUGGUGUCGAUGAACAUGCCAUUAAACAGCGAUGGAACAGUCUAUUUCAACGCCACAUUGUUUGCCGUCGUAAGGACUUCACUAAAGAUCAAAACGGAGGGUAAUAUUGACGAUGCGAAUGCCGAGCUGAGGGCUGUCAUCAAGAAGAUAUGGAAACGUACGGAUCCCAAGUUACUAGACCAGGUGGUACCUCCACCAGGUGUAGAUGAUGAAGUGACAGUCGGUAAAUUCUACGCAACCUUCUUGAUCCAGGAUUACUUCAAGAGGUUCAAGAAGAGAAAGGAGGAGGAGCUUAAAGGGGGUGACAAGGAAACUCAACAUACCGUCACUUUACAGGCUGGUCUAAGAACACUCCACGAGGCAGGACCAGAACUGAAGAGGGCCAUAUCUGGUAACUUGGAUGAGAUGAUAGAACCAGAACCAACGCAUAGGAGGAACCAUACGCUGUUUGGUAGUGUUUGGUCGUCCAUGCGAAGAGGUGCCAGUUUUAGGGAGAAGUUUUUGAAUAUGAACUCUACCAAACCCAAACAGGCUACCAUCGAUUCCAGCAUAGAGUUUUUACCCUUCAAUGCAGUUCGAAGAGGUACCAAAGAUGGAAUCAACCAUGUUAGUCCAUUGGGGAGGAGUGUGCCUGGUGUCACAGAGACACCAGACUUUCUUCAGCCUAUCUACAAGGGGAGGCCGAAUGGGAACGUGACAACAGGAGAUCUAGCCUUGAGCAACGAUACAACACCUCCCUUCGAGGUGGUAGGUUCAGCUGAGAGUUUGGUGGGUAGAAUUUUGACCGAGCAAGGUUUGGGAGAGUAUGCUGAUCCAGAUUUCAUCAGAUACACCUCCAAGGAGAUGCAGGAGGCCAUGGAGAUGACGCAGGAGGAGAUGGAUAGGGCUGCUCACCAGAUAUUGCAACGCGAGAGACAGUUGCUGGCUCAAUCACAAUUGUGAGGUGAUUCCUCAAGAAUUAUCCAUAUAGGGUUUGUUGGUUUUUCAUUUCCAGAAUGGAAAAACAGGCCUAAAGUAUCCAGACUAAGCAACUUUUUGGCAACCCUAAAAAUAUUGUGUAUAGGUAUACCAUGCAGAUGAUAUAUGUCAAUGGAAUUGGAUGAUAUUAUACUAUUGUUGAUCUUGAAUAAAUAUAAAUGUUAUUA